GCGAGGAGGCAUUCGGUAACUGGCUCCGGAGACGAAGAGACCGGUCCAGGAGUACGUCACUCCGGCCUCAGUGCGUGCUGAACCGAUCUUGAGCCGCAUGCGGCGUGCUCUCCUACGGCCUCCGACUGCCCCCAGCUGAAGCGGAGAUGACGCGGCUGCUGCUGCUGCUGACGAGCGUGCUGCUCACCUCGUCGGCCGACGAGUUCGGCGUCAGCGUGUACGGCGAGCGGCGCUACUACUGCCGCGACCGCUACAACUAUAUCGGCGACUGCUACGGCGACUACUACCGGCCCGACCUGGGCGGCUACGGCUACAGGAGCCAGGCCAAGGGUCGCCAGGUCGGCAAAGGUUAUUACAACUUGGUGAGCGGUCGGCACGCCGAGCUGGUCUGCGACUUUCUGCGGGACGGCGGAGUGCGCGACCCGCUCUCGAACAUCGUGUGGGUGAAGGUCUAUGACGACUACCGAGGCGGACGCUCCUACGACCACUACGACCACUACGGCGGGUACGGCCGCAGCCGCCGCAACUACGACGACUGGUACUCCGAUGACCGCUACUAUGCCAGCACCAGGGUCUACACGCAGGGAUCCAAGUCGACGUUGUACAUCCGGGACUACCGGGCGUCCGACUUCGGCCGCUACCGCUGCCUGGCCACGCUGCGUACCCCCUACGGCUACGGCGCCGAGACCGUCUACAUGGACGUCGACUUCAGCCCGCGCGGGCGCUACAAGUAGCCGGCGCGCGCCCCGGUCACAGUCUGUCUCUCAGUGAGGGGAGCGGACGACGGGACUCGCUUCUUGUCAGAUCGCUUGUGGGCAGGUGUCAACAACGGCUCACUCGGGAUAACUGCCGCCUACGAACACACGGUGCUGGUAUGCACGCACUGAGGGAGGGGCGGCGCAUGCGCAGAAUAUGGGGACAUCAUGCUUUGGCGCAGCACAGCCGGCCCUCUCACCCUGAAGUGAAGGGUUCCCUUGGGAUGUGCUGUUAGCGGGAUGAGAACCCUGUCCGUAUGACCACAAGAGUAUCUCGCAGAUUACCAACGUAGCGUUUAAGCUCCACAGGCAGAUUACAACGAACUUCGUCGAACCGGCUUGUCUUGAAAAGACAACUUUCGUAUGGUUUUAGCCAAAAUGUAAACAUCUGUCUCGUUAAACUUGUGUACCUGUCCCACAGCUCCGUAGUGUCUAUCGCACAAAUGCUUGGCAUGUCUCCGCUCCCAGGUCAUCGUGUUCAGUCCGUGUUCGCGUGACAUUGUUCGGUGGGGGUACUGCACCUUCAUGCAGUCCGUCGGACUACA